UGCCACAGCCAGAGACCAUCCAGCGCCAGCCAGCCAGCCAAAAUCCAAAAUAAAAGUGUCUUCAAAUGAAAUGAACGCCAAUAGUGAGCUGCCUGCAUUAAAUCGCUUUAUUAUUGACCACUUGAGUUGUUUUGUUUCGCAAAUUCCGACUCCACCGGUGAAAGCAACAGCAGCAACAAGACCAGCAACAACAACAACAACCAAGGGCAAAACUACCAACUCGUCGUCGAUCGAGGUGAUCAGCUUCAGCGGCAAGAGACGGCGGAAGUCGACGACGCGGGUGGUGGCCGGAGGAGCGUGGUGGUGGCGGCGUGACGACCAGCGGAAGGUGGUGGUUCACCAAAGCAGAGCGCAAAAUCGUCUCGCCCAGCAGGAAGAAGAGCCCAAGAAGAAGGUGGUCCCCGGGGGAAGCGGCACCGGCAGCAGCAGCUGAGGGUGGAGGUGGAGCAGGAGAUGUUUGCGGAAAAGCUGCUCGCGAGCGUCGCCAAAACGGAUAUGAUGGCGGCGGCGGCCAACAGCCGAAGUGACACGGAGGACCUGCUGUUCGAGCAGUUGGUACCGGUCGGGAUGCUCAACGGCACCAUGAGCAUCCAGAAGCCCCAGACGGUCAUCACCGAUCUGGGCAAAUCGCUGCUCCAGGCAGCCAAAACCGGCAACACUGAAAAAGUCCACGAGCUGAUGAGCCGGGGUGCUCCGUUCACGGCCGAUUGGUUGGGAACUUCCCCGCUUCACCUGGCGGCGCGCUACAAUCACGUGGAAACGUGCAAAGUGCUGCUUCGGGCCGGCAUCAGCAAGGACAGCAAAACCAAGGUCGACCGGACGCCGCUCCACUUUGCCGCCUUCCAGGGCAACGUGGACAUUGUGGAGCUGCUGCUGAACGCCAAGUGCGAGGUGGACGCCAAGGAUAUGCUGAAAAUGACCGCCCUGCACUGGGCCGUGGAAAAGCGCCACGACAAGAUCGUGGAGCGGUUAUUGCAGCACGGGGCCGAUCCGAACGCGGUGUCCAAGUUUGGCAAAUCGCCCAUCAGUAUUGCGACCGAAGCGGGCCAAGUUGAUCUGGUGCGGAUUCUGCUGCUGGCGAACCAGAUGCGGGCCGCGAGUCAGGAACAGGUCCAGGAAGCCACGGACAGUCUCAUGUACGAGCUGCAGCAGCACAAGGAGCGCGACAGCAGUGCGACCAACCUGGUGGACGACGCCGACGACGCCAUCACGAUGGACCUGAGCAACGACGGAAGUAUCUCUAACAUCUCCAACCGCAACUCGAUGUCGGCAAGCGCGGCAGCGGGUGUCACCACCACCAUCGACGUGGACGAGCACGACGGCAACUCCAACGACACGGACAAUCUCAUCGAGAAGGAGGACAGUUUGAGCGAUGCCAUCAUCAACCUGGAACAGAACACCGAACAGGACCCCAACAAUCUGGACUCAAACACGCUCCAGAUGCUCAAAGAGCACGGCAUCGCGAUGAUUCCGUCCGACGACUCCGGCAGCAGCCUGAUCACGUCCGCCAUCCAGAGUGGGCGCAAAAUAGUGCUGUCCGAGGCCGGCAAGUUCGCACUCAACGAAACGCGGAUGCAAUCCACGCCCCCAACAACGAAGAAAACAAUCAAAAUUAUCAAAAAGACUUCGCCUUACAUGGUGUCGCAGCACCACCAGAAUCAGAACCAGCACCGGCAAUCGAUGAUCCAUGGUGGCGGCGGAGGAGGAGGGGGUGGUGGUGGUGGCGGCGGGACAAUCAAAACCAACAAAGUCAUCAAAAUACUGUCCGCGGAGGAGUUUAAGCAGAUUUGCGGCGGAGAGGUUAGCGGGCUGAAGAAGAUUGCCUCGUCCGACUACCGGAAAGCGGUCCAGGGCUCGACGACGACGAUGAGCCUGCAGUCCAGUCUUCUUGCGGAUCCAAUCGGCGAACGCGGUCACCCGGGCAAACGCUCCCGGCAGUCCGCGCUCACAUCCGGUGGCAUGUCCAAAGCUAACCACACCAACCAGAACCCGUUCAUCGCCUUCGUCCACCACCAGCGGACCGCCGGAAUCUCCGUUGCACGGCGACUGCUUAUCGUCACCCUGGGCGCACAGCGUCGUCUUCUUGAUCACCAGCGGGUUGUACGUCUUGCUACAGACGGAGUUCGUAAUGACCUUGAGCGGGGCGAACUGCAGCUGCUGAGCCACGGUACCUCCGUUCUGCUGCAGUCCCCAUCCGCUGACGGUGGCAACCUGGCCAGCGUAGUCGCCACUUCCCGAGGCUUGAUCACGGCAACGUCGUUCGUCGCAAACAGUGGGUUGUACUUUUCGUGCCGGAUGUACUCGGUGGCGGUCACCACGACGCGACCAUCGUCCGCUCCGUCCAAGGCAACCGCUCCGAGCGUUACCUCAAACGAGCUGGGCACGACCCUGGGCGAGCUGGAUCUUGAGCUGGACCUGGUACGGAAACUGUCCGUCGGCGGCCGUCUGUCCGUUGACCACUCGGGAGGACUGGUCCUGCGAGGGUGCCCCACAGGCCACGGCGAUCAGGGACGCUACCACGAUGAGUGCCUCACGGCGUUCACCGCGCCCCGGGACGCUAGGUUCACCCUCAGGCGUUCCCAACAAGCAAUUCAAAAAAUCGUCACCACCAAGUACCGGUUGCCGGGCUCCUCAGUCGGUGGCUCUUCCAGCAGCAGUUUUACCAGCGCCGGCAACAACCGUCACAUAAUCACCUCGGCCGAUGGCGUCAAACGGUUGCGGACCGCCACCGGGAUGGAGAUCAUCUCCAAACUGCCCACCAAGCUUCCCCAGGACACGGUCGUAUCGGUGGAGGGUGCCAAGCAGCAGCAGCAGCAGUCGACGUCCUCGCUGGCCAGUGGGAUCGUGCCGAUUUCGACGGUGAGUUCCUCGGGCCAGCAGCGGCUGGUAAGUAGCAAUUCGAAUUUAUCUUCCAAUUCCGCGCUGGGGAGUUCCGCGUCGUCGUCGAUGACGUUGGGCGAGCUGGAACGGCACUUCCUCGAGCUGAAAAAGCAAACCGAUGAUCUGCGCAAACAGUUUGAGCUGUCGCAGAAGCAGAACGAAGAGUACCGAGCGCGGGUGGACAAGCUCGAGAAGGAGGUGCAAACGCUGAAGCAGAGUAGUAGUAAUAAUCCUAACAAUUUUAUAGAGAUAGUUUAGAAACGGUUGAGAUGUUGGUAGGGCUAAAGGGGAGAGAGAGAGCGAUAGUGUGAGGUAAAAGUGGCGCGAAGGAUUCAGUUUAGAGAUUAUUUAUUACGGUAAAAUGUUUUCCGACGUUGGGAGGGGAAUGCGAACAGUACAACGCGUUGGUUGUAUUUCGGUUAUAUAUUUUUAUAGGAAAACACUGUGCUGCAAUUAUUACGGUACGCAAAGUUGAAGACAGCUCCGACAGGAAACAAACAAGAAUAUUAAACAAAAACACACUAA